UACAAUGUAAACUGCAGUUCCCAGUGUUCAUUGCGCACACGUGACGCAGUCUGCAGUGUUUUCUGCUUGUAUCUGGAUCUUUCCUUUUCCCGUUUGGUCAGGACUGAUUAAAUUUUAGGACGAUGUUGUCAGCAGUUCCCAGGCACAUACUGUUUCGUGGCCAGAGGGCUCGUAGCCUCUCUCCAUGCCGCGUUUUGAAAACGAGCUCUGGCGAUCCUGCGAAGAGCCAGAGCCCGCAGUUCGCGGACACCGGCCACGCUGCCAUGUUGUCCAGCAAGGGCGCGCAGGGUGAGAGCACUACGGGCGCGCACUACCGCCACUUGGCCGCCAGGUGGCAUACUAACCUGCAGGCCCGGAGGAGCUCGUGGAGCGCCGUCGCCGCCGGGUCCCGGGUGCACUGGGAUGAGAGGGGCAGGAGUACUGAAAGUCGCUUUGGCGUGAUAUCAGCGGGGGCUAUUUCAGCUGCGGCUCUGGCGUAUUGUUUCAAGAAAGGAUCUGAUUCGAAAGGCGAUGCUCUUUUGGAAGCGGCCAGAACCAGCAAUGCCCAGGAAGUUGCCAGGUUGCUGGCUGAUGGAACCGACCCAAACUAUCGUCACCAUCUGGGCUGGACGGCAUUGAUGGUGGCUUCCAUGAACCGGCAGCACAAUGUGGUGAAAGCCCUCCUGGAAGGCGGCGCCGACCCCAACCUGGGAGACGACUUCAGCAGUGUGUACGGCUGCUCGCGCGAGAAGGGCGUCCACUCCCUCGAAGUCCUGGUGACCAGAGAGGACGAGUUCAGCAGCCGGCUGAGCAGCCGGGCCAGCUUCCGCGGCUGCACCGCGCUGCAUUACGCAGUCCUGGCAGACGACCUGCACGCCGUGCGGAUUCUGCUCGGGGCAGGUGCCAACCCCCUGCUGACCAAUGAAAUGGGGCACACAGCCCUGGCAUACGCCAAGGAAGGGGAGCUGCAGACCUUACUGCGGGAGGCGGAGAAAAAGUUCCAGGAGGCGCAGCAGCGUAAGGAGGCGGAGGAGCGGCGCCGAUUCCCGCUGGAGCGUCGGCUGCGGGAGCACAUAAUAGGACAGGAGGGCGCCAUCAACACUGUGGCCUCAGCCAUCAGAAGAAAGGAGAAUGGCUGGUAUGAUGAAGAGCAUCCCCUGGUUUUCCUCUUCCUCGGAUCCUCGGGCAUUGGUAAGACUGAGCUGGCCAAACAGGUGGCCCGGUACAUGCACAAAGACAUCAAAAAGGGAUUCAUACGAAUGGACAUGUCAGAGUUUCAGGAGAAACAUGAGGUGGCCAAGUUCAUAGGGUCCCCACCUGGAUACGUGGGCCAUGAGGAGGGCGGUCAGCUGACCAAGCAACUGAAGCAGUGUCCCAGUGCAGUGGUGCUGUUUGAUGAGGUGGACAAGGCCCACCCAGACGUGCUCACCAUCAUGCUGCAGCUCUUCGACGAGGGGAGGCUCACAGAUGGGAAGGGAAAGACAAUAGAGUGCAAGGAUGCCAUCUUCAUCAUGACCUCCAACGUGGCCAGCGAGGAAAUCGCCCAACAUGCCUUGCAGCUGCGACAGGAGGCCCGAGAGCAGAGCCGCAGACGGCUGGCGGACAAUUUGGAGGAUGUCCAGUCAAGUGAUAAAAUCACCAUAUCGAAGCAGUUCAAGGAGAACGUGAUCCGGCCCAUUCUCAAGUCUCAUUUCAGGAGGGACGAAUUUCUGGGGAGGAUCAACGAAAUAGUUUACUUCCUGCCAUUCUGCCACUCUGAACUUCUCCAGCUGGUCAGCAAAGAGCUCAGCUUCUGGGCGAAAAAGGCCAAGCAAAGACACAACAUUACCCUGGUGUGGGACCGUCCUGUCCUGGACCUCUUAGCUGGUGGUUACAACCUGCACUAUGGCGCACGCUCAAUCAAGCAUGAGGUGGAGCGGCGUGUGGUGAACCAGGUGGCCGCAGCCUAUGAGCAGGAUCUGCUGCCCAAGGGCUGCACCCUACGCCUCAGCGUGGACAGCACUGCCGACCUGGGCCAACAGGAAGGCCACGGGGCACCCAGUCUUCGCCUUGAAAUUGUGGGUGAAGACAGCUCAUCCCGAAAACUGGACAUCCGGCCCCCACUGAACCCAGAAGAGAUGGGCUAUUCACUAUGAUGGCCAGUGUCCGAAAGUCCAGUGCCAUCCCAACUGCUUUCCACACGUGGUCUGUAGCACCUAAGGAUUAUAUCUGUCCCCCUUAAAUUCUUCCUCACUCAUCGAUGCUAGUGUGCAUUGUACAGACAUCUUACACUUGUUGGGAGAUUUAAGAAGUUCUUUUGAGAUAAGGGGACCAUAGUUCCGACAGUACACACCAACAGGUUUAAUUUAUUGAUUACACUAGUGUUUUUUCCUGCGGAAGAAAGUAGGUACCAAAAAUAUUUGCCAUGAAUCCUACUCGGGUUUAUUGAUGAGAAAUUAGUGUCUGUCAGAUGAUAUAUGAUCUCACAGCUUAAUCUUCAGACAUGAAUGUACAACUCAUCUGAAUCUCUUACAUUGUACAUAAAAGGAACAUCAUAGGAGCGGAACAGGAUACCUUAUAUAUAGACUGUGCGUAUUGGUGACAUUUCCACUUUAUCACCUGUGUGUUCAUAAUGUAAAUAAAAAGGCCAAUAAGUGUGA